GGGCGGAAUAUUUGGCAAUAGGGCGGGCGGCAGUAUCACGUCUGUAUCAGUCGUAGUAACAGUUACGGAAAAAUAUAAUUAUUUAUUUGUGAAAAUCAUUUCUGAAAAUGGGUGCUGAAGACGCGAAUAUGUUAGUGGCCGUUGAAUUCGAAGUCUUUGGCGAGGUUCAAGGUUGUUUUUUCACUAAAUAUUGCAAAGAAUUAGCCGAGGAACUCCGCAUCUGCGGCUGGAUCAAGAACACGAAGAACGGAACUAUCGUUGGAAAGAUACAAGGCAGCAAGCCUCAUGUGGACCAAAUGAUCGAUUGGUUAAGUAAGACAGGUUCUCCGGGCUGCAAGAUUCAGAGAUGCGAUCUCACCAACUGGCAGUACUUGUCGAGGCUCGAUUAUAACAACUUCAGUAUACGUUUCUGAAUAUUCAAAAUAAAGAAAAAAAACAGAAAAUUUUCU